ACUAUUGGAAGCAGCUGGCGGAACAUGAUCUGGGGAAGGAGUUUGGGGCCCUGGGUCAGCUGGUUGGUAGCUCUGAGCCCACGGUGUGGUGUGAAGCUAUGGAUCAUGAGCGGAGGCGGGGAACUGCACUGCUAAGGCUGUUACACCUGCUGUGGCUGCUGCCCUACUCCCGGACCGCCCCUGAAGGUCCUACUCCAGCGUGGCGGGAUGAACUGCAAAACCACACGUUCCAGCACACAAUGUACUGCCAGAACUGGAGUCCCAGCAUCGGCCUCUCAGAAGCCUAUGACGGGGACCAGCUCUUCUCCUUUGACUUUUCCCAGAACACCCGAGUGCCUCGCCUGCCUGAAUUUGCUGACUGGGCUCAGAAGCCAGGAGAUACUUCCACCAUUUUCUUUGACAAAACGUUCUGCCAGUCUAUGAUCCAGGAAAUAGGACCACAACUCGAAGGGCAAAUCCCUGUGUCUAGAGGGUUUCCUAUUGUUGAUGUGUUCACGCUGAAGCCCCUGGAGUUUGGCAAGCCCAACACGCUGGUCUGUUUUAUCAGUAAUCUCUUCCCACCCACGUUGACGGUGAACUGGCGGCAUCACUUGGACCCUGUGGAAGGAAUCGGGCCCACUUUUGUGUCCGCGGUUGAUGAACUCAGCUUCCAGGCCUUUUCUUACUUAAACUUCACACCAGCACCCUCUGAUCUUUUCUCCUGCAUCGUGACUCACGAGAUUGACAACCACACGGCAGUUGCCUAUUGGGUGCCUCAUAAUGCGCUGCCCUCUGAUCUUCUGGAGAAUGUGCUGUGUGGUGUGGCCUUUGGCCUGGGUGUGCUGGGCAUCAUUGUUGGCUUAGUCCUCAUCAUCUACUUCCGGAAGCCUUGCUCAUGUGAUUGAUUCUUCCUGACCAGAGACUGGUGCUAGCAGUGUCGACCUUGCAUGCAUCAACCUUGCAUGCAUCGGGAGCUCAGGUUUCCCGCAUCGCUCCUCAGGGCAGGAGUUCCUGGGACUGCCCCAAGGGUGUGCGCAUGCGCAUUUGUGCAGGUUUCUCAGUUGGGGGCUCUGCUGUCCCCGGGCUUGCACCCAGGGAAACCCAGAGUGGCUUUUCUAUCAGGACCACAUCCCUUCCCACUUCAGGGCAAUAAAUCUUAUUUCUUAA